AUAGAAAAGAAAGGUAGAGAAGAAUUUAGAAGAGCGCAGCGCAGCCAAUCUCAGCAGCCAUGCAAGCGGCCAGGGCCUCCAUCUCUGCCUCCGCACCCAAGGGCUUGGCACGGAGUCAACAAUGCCUUGGGUGCAAGCACUUAAGCCAGCAGCGGCUGGCUUGUCUAGUGAGACGGUGGCAAAAUCCUAGCUGUCAAUUGGCAGGAGAGCCAAAGCGGCAUUUGUCUGCUCAUACUCAUUCCAUGAGUGGACAGCAAAAUCUGGUCAAGAAAGUUGCCCUCUGCAGAGCGUCCGGCUCCAGCGCUGUCAGCGCUGAGGUCAGCAAACCUGCGGCUUCUGUCCUGCCUGGCUGGGGCGCAUUUUGUGACAAGGUCAGUGGUGAGUGGGAGGGGUAUGAGGUUACGUUCACUUCUGCGAGUGGGAGCUCUUGGGGAGAAUGCACAGCGGUGGAGCUGCCAUAUGCGGUUGUUCCUGAUGCCUUCAGGGAGUGGGAGAUCCGCCUCUUUGACUGGCAGACGCAGUGCUCUUCCUAUGGCAGCAAGGAGGACGGGACUGUCCUUUUCAAGUUGGCCCGGCUUCUUCCUACAGUUGGCUGCGAAGCUGAUGCCGCCACCGUCCACACCGUUGAUGAGAAAACAGCGGACGGUCGAGAAUCAUCCGGACCAAUCGCUUUCCUACCGGAUGGCUCCUACUCCCUUUCCUGGCCAACCGCAUCUGCGGAGGGGGGGCAAAAAUGGCAAGUAGAACACGGUCUUGUGGAUAGCUCCGGGUUAAGGAUUCGGGUUACGCUGACCCUUGAGCGACCUUCGAUGUCAGCACAGCCGGCGCUGACAUCGGUCAAAGUUGCCCGGGAGCGGUGGGACAGCGCGUUUGAGAAAGGAGAGUCGCUCUCUAGUUGCGGGGGAAAGAUGCGCGGCUUUGCGGAUGACCCUCGGUUGGUUAAGACAACGAUCGAGGGAGCCUGGAGCGCUGACCAGCACAUUUUCACACCGACUAGCAAGGGUUUUGACGUGGUUAACAAGACGGUCGAGGUGGAUAGAAAGCUAAGGGAGAGUGAUGUGAACGUGCUCUUGCCGGCUGGGGUGUGGGUGAAAGUCGGGGAAGCCGAAGGGGGUGGGUUUGCAGUGUUGGCAAGCUGGGUGCAAGGAGAGGAGACGGGGACGUCGGCAGAAAGAGUGUAUGGACAUGACGGAGCGUUGCAGAAAGUGAUUCUGACAAAGGAGACGAGGCGUUGAUGUAACUCGUGUUGCUAUUUAAGAACAAUUGUAUCAUAGCUUCGUUGAAUGCUGUCUCUUGUUGAACGCUUACCUGAUUCGACCUUCUGUCGUCAAAUGAGCGAGUGUAGAGUAGACUGGACUUUGCCACUGGACGGAGUCUGCAUAUUGGCAGAUCGAUGUUAUUUUGGCUUGUAGUCACAACGCUGAGUUUACAAGCACUUCGUAUAUCAUCCCUUCACAUCCC